GCAGCUUUGCAUUCCCGUAAGCGUCGGUUUGUGCGGCUUCUUUUUGCGUUCCGAGUCAAAAUAUUAGUGUUAUUUUAAUAUAUAUGAGUCCCUUUCUGGGCGCAAGUGGCCGUUGCUUGGGGCGUAAACUUUAUUUAGAGUGAAAAGUGCUAAUAGUUUUUGGAGAAAAGUCUAUAGCUUUGCAACUCUGGUAUCAUCUGCUGGCUUGCGUGUGGAGGAUUUUCCGCGCGGCUUCUGGGUGCUGUUUUUUAAAUAUAUUUUUACUGGGCGAAUAAUUCCUUCCGGAUUACGGGAAUUGUGAUUUUCCGCAUAGUGAUCGGUGUAUGCUAAUAUAUCUGAUAUUAGAAGAUAUUUUUCGUGACCCACCACAGGAAAUAGAAAACCAGCAAAAUGACAGAUGGUAAAGGAUAUGCCGUAAACGAUCUCGUUUGGGCCAAAAUGAAGGGUUUCUCGCCUUGGCCAGGUCGUAUUUCACAACCACCACCAGAGUUGCGCCGCAUAGCAGUGAAGAAAAACAUUCCUGUAAAAUGUAUUUUCUUCUUUGGCUCGAAUAAUUACGCUUGGAUCGAAGAAACUCAAAUUAAACCAUAUCAGGAGUUCAAAGAGAAACUCCUUAUGUCGUGCAAAUCAGCCGGAUUUAAGGAAGCAGUACAACAAAUCGAAGAAUAUAUUGUAAAUCCGCAAAAGUUCGAACCAUUGUUCUCCUCGGAACAGGAGAAUCGACCUGAUCCAGAUGUCGAGUUCAAUAAACUGCGCGAAGCAGCAGAUGAAAGUACUGCGGAGGAAGUGUCGUUCAACAAUACGACACCAAAAUCACCCGUAACUGGCGACGCCGCCCCGACAACACCGGUGACGGGUAAAAAAUCCGCUGCCAAAAAGAAAGUACGUGCUUCGUUGCCCAUCAAAUUAAAUGUGGAUAAGGUAGCGUCUACGACGAAGGUUCGCUCGAUAGGAGCAAAGGCUAAAGCAGCAGCAAUCGAGGCGGAUAUCGUUAGCAGUACGCCUUCGCCCAAACGCAAGCGGAAGGCUCUAAAUGAUUCAACGGAAGUUUCUUCAUUGGAUUUGGACACUUUUUCACCAGUUCGACGCAACGUACCGGUGUCCCAUUUGCUGAAUCGUCCGGUGACGGUAGCCCGCCCGGCUACGCCGGAAAUAGACAUGUCUAGUGUUUCGAAUGCAUUGCAAUCGCGAAACAUUCAAGCUUCAACGCUGAAGUUCGGAUUUUUGGGACUUGGAAUAAUGGGAUGCGGAAUUGUGAAAAAUCUACUGAAUUCCGGGCAUUCCGUUGUCGUUUGGAACCGGACCGCUACCAAAUGCCGAAAGUUCCAAGAGGCGGGAGCUGAAGUAGCGGAUACUCCUUCGGACGUAAUCGAGAUGACCGAUGUGACCUUCUCUUGCGUGUCCGAUCCGCAAGUGGCCAAGGAUUUGGUUUUCGGUAAUUGUGGUGUCAUGUCAGCCAACCUGGUUGGUAAAGGUUAUGUUGAAAUGACCGGUGUCGACCCGGAAACUUCACAAGACAUCGCCGAACAGAUCAUCUCUAAAGGCGGGCGGUAUCUGGAAGCACAAAUUCAAGGAUCGAAGAACCAAGCCGAAGAGGGCACACUGAUAAUUCUGGCCGCCGGCGAGCGGUUGCUUUUCGAAGAAUGUCAAACCUGCUUCGAAGCGAUUUCGCGCAACUCUUUUUACCUGGGGGACGUCGGCAAUGCAACCAAGAUGAACCUGGUACUGCAGACGAUUUCCGGCGUUACACUCGCCGGAAUCGCUGAAGGAUUGGCUUUGGCCGAUCGAGCGGGACUGCAGCAAAAAGAUGUCUUGGAAGUACUUGAACUUACAAACAUGUCAUCGGAGAUGCUUCUUCAGAAGGGAAAUGCAAUCAUAAAGGGCGAAUUCCCCACGCACCAGCCGCUGAAGCACAUGCAGAAGGACCUCAAACUAGCACUGGCUAUGGCCGACGGACUCGAACAGUCGCUGCCGAUUACGGCCGCUUCUAACGAGGUGUACAAGCAUGCGAAGCGUCUGGGGUACGGUUCGCACGAUGCCAGUGCCGUGUACGUGCGAGCAAGGUUUUAACAGCGACCGUCCGGGAGGCGCGAAUCCGAAUGAAUAUGAAUGAAAAAAAAAAAAAAAAAGAAAACGCGCGACGCGAGGACAAGCGAAACCGUGCGGAAAAGAGUUUUUAGUGGUAGUUAUCUUGUUUUCUUUUUGUAGCAAAAAGGAAGCUUUCUUUUUUGGCACUCGCGCAUGGAUGGAACAGAUUUUACCGAUGAACAUAGGAACCAUACUACUAACUGACGAUGUGAGAGUCGGUACUCAUUUCAUGGAAAGUAACUACUUUUUUUCAAUAUUCACACAAGUUUUCUUUUGCUGAGUCAAACACAUCAAAACCUACACUCCCGCACGAACGCAUGCGAGUACACCAAUAUUUCAGGAGUAAGUAAAAGCACAUAAUCUUAAAGGGGAAUUUCGAACGCUAGGACCAGGCCGGAUACAAAAUUUUAUUUCCUUCAGAGCAAAAAGGAAACGCGUCUCCUCUGACCAGCACCUAAUACGUUGCCCAUAUAUUUUACAUAAGUUUUUUAAAAUGAGAAAUAAAUUCGAUCAGAAGAGUUCAUCUACACUUUUACGUUGUUUUUCCUUCCUAUAUUUGAUUUUUAUUGCAAAAAAAAAACGAAAGCUUAUUUACGGUUUUAGUGGUUAAGUAAUUAAUUUAGGAAAUAUUCGUCAAAGUCCGGAAAAAAGCGAAUAGUUUUUCGCUCAUCUUUCAGUUUAGUUUUUGGGCGAACAAUGUUAAAAAGAAUAUAUAUAAAAAAAGGUGUCAUUUUCUGUGUAUCCGGUAACUUUAAAUUGUAGGAAGUAUUCGUGAAUGAAAAAUAGAGCAAAUAAAAAAUGCAAGCUGAUAGAAGAAAACUAAAGUCAGACAAGAAUUUAUGAGAAGCUCGCAAACUGUUUUCUUAAGUUGAUUUUGUCAAAAUAGAAAGCAAACAAAGAAACAAACCGCAUAAUGUGGAUUUCUAUUUUUCGUGGAAACAGUGACCGUAAUAAA